GAUGCUGUCAUUCAGCUCUGCCCAUAGCAGCGAAUUGGUCCAGCAUCUCUGCACAGGGUGUAGGGCGAAUGGAUAUGGUAAAAUGCAGUAAGAAUAAGCAACUCUGAGCAUUUAUCCAGGUGUUAAGAAUUGCGAUGAGGAAAGAAAAAUGUAAGGGGCUGGAAUUUCUCUUGUGCCGCUGCGGAGUACGAGCCGUUAUUUUGAGCGAAAUGCGGAGUCUUUUCCCCCAGAGGUGUUAACGCAGAAAAUACAAGAUGAAGAAGCAAUUCAAUCGGAUGCGACAGCUCGCCAACCAGACGGUGGGCAGGGCGGAGAAAACUGAGGUGUUGAGUGACGACCUACUGCAGGUGGAGAAACGGUUGGACCUCGUCAAGCAGGUGACCCACAGCACUCACAAGAAGCUAACUGCCUGCCUACAGGGCCAGCAGGGGGCAGACGACCGGGAGAAGAGAUCCGUCAAGUCUCCCUCGAAAAAGCUCCCCCUUACAAUCCUAGCACAAUGUAUGGUGGAAGGAGCUGCAGUACUGGGAGACGACUCCCUGUUAGGAAAGAUGCUGAACCUGUGUGGGGAGACGGAGGAGAAACUGGCCCAGGAACUCAUCCAAUUUGAAUUCCAGAUAGAGAAAGAUGUGGUUGAGCCUCUCUACGAACUGGCUGAGGUGGACAUCCCCAACAUUCAGAAACAGAGGAAGCACUUAGCCAAGCUGGUCCUGGACAUGGACUCAGCCCGCACACGGUUUCACCAGUCGUCCAAGUCCUCAAGUCACCCUAGCAAUCUGCAGGCGGGUGGGGCAAAGGGUGAGGCCCUGAGAGAAGAAAUGGAGGAGGCAGCCAAUCGGAUGGAGAUCUGCAGGGAUCAGUUGUCCGCAGAUAUGUACAAUUUUGUGGCCAAAGAAAUAGACUAUGCAAACUAUUUUCAGACGCUCAUAGAGAUCCAGGCAGAGUAUCACAGGAAGUCUCUGGAGAUCCUCCAAAGUGUCCUGCCCACCAUUAAAGCUCACCAGGAGGCGUGGGUGGAGAAGCCGUCUUACGGCAAGGCCCUGGAGGAACACCUGAACAUCAGCGGCAGAGAGAUCGCCUUCCCCAUCGAGGCCUGCGUCACCAUGUUGCUGGAGUGUGGCAUGCAGGAGGAGGGUCUGUUCCGAGUGGCUCCCUCGGCCUCCAAGUUGAAGAAGUUAAAAGCCUCCCUGGACUGUGGCGUGAUGGAUGUACAGGAGUAUUCAGCUGAUCCACACGCCAUCGCAGGGGCUCUGAAAUCAUACCUCCGUGAGCUCCCAGAGCCGCUGAUGACCAGUGAACUUUAUGACGAGUGGAUCCAGGCGUCAAAUAUUCAGGAUAUGGACAAGAGGCUACAAGCCUUGCUGGUAGCGUGUGGGAAACUACCAACGGACAACUUAAACAAUUUCAGAUACUUAAUCAAGUUCUUAGCCAAACUGGGUGAGUACCAGGAAUCAAACAAGAUGACUCCCGGUAACAUGGCCAUAGUUCUGGGCCCUAACCUGCUGUGGACGCACUCCAACGAGACUGGGAACAUGACAGAAAUGAUGACCACGGUGUCUCUUCAGAUCGUCGGCAUCAUCGAACCCAUCAUACAGCACGCCGACUGGUUCUUCCCAGGAGAGAUGGAGUUCAACCUGACCGGCUGCUACGGCAGUCCCAUCCACUCCAACCACAACUCCAACUACAGUUCCAUGCCCUCGCCAGACAUGGACCAAUCAGAACGCAAGCAGUCCCAUGACCAGGGCCGACGCCCACUCAGCGUGGCCACCGAUAACAUGAUGCUGGAAUUCUACAAGAAGGAUGGCAGCAUAAGGAAAAUUCAAAGUAUGGGUGUCCGGGUGAUGGACACGACCUGGGUGUCCCGUAAGGGCUCGUCCACUCUGGCCCGUAAGGCCUCGUCCACCCCUCCCAGCGUCCAGGGCCCUGGCUCUCCUGCUGACCACUCCCUCAUCUUGGAGCAGCCUGGGGAGCUGGCAACCUCUCCUUCACCCACUCCUCCACCAGGGGAAAGGGACCGGGUGGGCUCAGACGACGUGUCGCCCAAUCGUCCGGACUCCUCUCACGUCCACCCGCCCCCCGGGCCAGGGGAGGAACGUCCUCCCCCUCCCUACCCCACCUCCUCGUGCCACUCCGUACCCCACCAUUUUUACCCGCACCCCAAAGUCCCGCCCUGUGCCCGGCCCGUCGCCCCGGGCCCGGAGUCCCAGCCCCCCGGCUCCCCCCCUCCCCCGCUGCGCUGGUCUGGCUUCACCCCUCCGCUCCCGCCUCCCACCUCCUCCUCCUCGUCCUCCUCCUCUUCGCUUGACAUCAACUCGAACCCCAAACCCAGCUGCCUUCAUUUCCCCCCAAAGCAAACCCCCCACGCCCUCCCGCACGGCCACCCGCUGUCAGGCGACAUGUCUCAGCCGCCGCACGCCCCCCCGCCCCUCGACGUGGGCAACGCCUCGCCCCUCUACGCGAAAACCCCACUGGCUCUGGCCCGCCAUGACCUGUCCAUGGGCAACCCCCCUAGCCUGCUCACCUCCGCCCCCCCGCCGUGGGCUGCCUGUGGCUGUGCCAGAGAGAGAGGACUCCCCAGGCUGACAAGCACACUGAAGAGCAAAGAGAGUUCUCCUGUGAUUGGCCACAAGGCAGUGCAGGUGGCUGCUCCAGUUGUACCUCCUGGUGUUGGCCAGCUGAGCAGCAGCCAGUCGCCCCACUCAACAGAACACAGCCCGCACACCCUCCGCAAAGGCUCGAAGAAGUUAGCCCCAAUCCCUCCGAAGGUUCCGGCCGGUUACGGCCAGUCGGGUGGUUCUUGUGGGAUGUCGGACCAGUCCACGGGUCAGCCGUCUCCGGUCAGCUUGUCCCCCACCCCUCCCAGCACUCCGUCCCCAUAUGGACUGGCCUGUCCUCUGCAGGGUCAGGGCCAGACGCCUCUCGGUGGCUCCCUGGGGUCUCUCGGCUCCCUCUCCUCCCCGCCCUCUCUGACCGGGACGCUGGGCAAGUCCCGGCCCACGCCCAAGCCUCGCCAGAGGCCCAGUCUGCCCCCUCCUCAGCCACCCAUCGUCCCUGCGCCGGGGGCCACCCCUGUCGGCCCCGGGCCCCUGGAGCAGGGCAUACUGGACGGACUGUCGCCCGGGGAGAGCAUGUCCACAGAUUACUUCAAUUACGAAAUCCCCUCCAUCAAUGUGAACCUGGACAGCCUCAUCGAUGAGUUCAGCGGUGCUGCCCCCUGCAGGCGCUACAGAGCCAAGACGCGUUCUCCUCCAGUAGAAGGGGACGAUCGCCCCGACCACCACCCCUACGCUGUGCCUGAGGCGGACGAACCCCCGGACACCACCUUAUGACAUCGUCCCCUUUGACACAGCCCUGUGACGUCAUUAGAGCUCGCCCAGGGCAAGGAAAAAUCGCUCACACCGCCGUCCAAUGUACGACCUCCCCCAAAACACAAGGCUUUUUUUUUUUUCAUCCAACGUUUGACACGGAACGUCAGUUCUGAAUCCCGAACCUGCCUCGCAUUCCGCUACCUACUGGCUGCAAGCAAACUCAUCACUUAGAAAUACACAAAUAGUAUUGCAAACUUCAUGUGACUAGUAAACAAUACCGCACCAAAUGCCAUAUAAAGGAGGAACUGCUGCCUUUGGAGGGAAGACUUAUGGAAUAUGGAUGGACGCAGAGGAGCCUUAAUGCCACCUGCAGUAUUCUAGUUUAUUUUGGUUGCUUUUUGGCUGCUACAGUGGUUUAUCGAUUUGUUCUCAAUUUUAAACAGUGCUUUUUUAUGUGACUUUUGAGUUCUUGUUUUUGCCUUAUAUAAAAAGCUUGCAAUGAAAUUUGCAAUAUUUGCUUAGUACAUACUCCCAGACAGCUUUGCCUGAACACAAAGGAGUUAAACCCAUAUCCGUAACCUGACUGGUUCCGUAGAUGUUUGGGUGAAGUCGGUCCUCAGGGUCACACGGUGAACCAGUUUGUACUGUAUUCCUUACAGGGUAAUAUGAUACGUAGUCUUAGUUUUCUGCAUACUUUGUAGACGAUAAGGAAGAGAGAUUAUGGAAGCAUGCGGUAUAUGAUAUAGAACUAACACUUAGUCAUUGCAUUGGCAUCAUUCUGAGCAGGGUUGGGGUUAAGUUGAUUCCAUGUCAAUUCCGGUCAAAUUAGGAAGAAAAUGUCAAAUGUGUCUGUUUACUUCCUGUAUUUACUGUAUGGAAAUGGAAUUGAUCCCAACCUGGAUUCUGUGUCACUCCCAUCCCCUAACCCGAGUCCCUAUUCUCACCUCUCCCCCACAGAAAUCCUGUAAGUCUUAACACAUAUCUGCAUAAGUACGCAGAUAAGAUACAUACGUAGAAUCGAUUGAGAAGUAACUUUGUCACUUUCUAAUUUAUUUGUACAGGGUUGAAAAUUAUUUCAUGCACAUAUUUUCACCAGCACCGUAUUAGAACGUUAUUUUUAUCAACAGUUUUUAUUAAAAAAUAAUAAUGUUUACUAUGAAACUGUAUCCUUAGAGAAUAACGAUUCACGUUAAAAAUACAGCUACUCAAUUAAUUCAAGUUCCUAAAAGGAAGAUUUUUAAUCCAGUUACAGAAACUAAUGACUGAUAUUUCUUUUUGGGAGUUCUGAACAGAACCAAGCUGUACUGCACCGGCUGGGUUACACACCGACCCCAGUGACUAGAAACGUUCUGGACCGGAUGUGGAAGGGAAUAUCUGAGCCAGUGCAAUACAGUUUGGGGCAUCAUAGCAGAAAGGCUCUGUUAUGUUCUCUAAGGACCAAUCAUGUUCCUCUAACAAAGUUGCUUUUACAACCACCAGUCGGGUCAAAAUAAUUUUACACAAAGACUGUACAAUAGGGACAUUUUAGACAAUGGAAAAUUCAGUGAACUUUAGAGAAGUUCCAUGGUUUUCCAGAAAUCCCGGUUAGUGGAUUCUGGUUUUUCUGCAUAUUCCCUUGAGAUUUUAGGAGUCACCUGAAUGGUUAUGGGUUUUAUCUCCAUGAAAUGCACUGCUAGCUUCAGGCUCUAAACCGCUUGUCUCUCGUUAUUUUAUCCCAAGUGUUUCCGGCUCUGUGAUAUUUGACCAUGUAGUGUACAUACAAAUAACUGUACAUAAAUAUGUGUAUAAAUCGAAGAGGUAAAACUCAAUGUAAAGGCAAAUCGGAAUUAUACAUAUAGCUAUUUGUGCCAAUAUAUUUAUCAUGUGUAGGAAAAUGAUAUGAUAAAUAACGUGACGUUUAUUUUUGUCCUCUGCAACACGAUUCUAACCAGAUUCACACACAACACCGCAGAAGGCCAGGACGAUAGGUUGUAUCAGUGGGACAUAAAACACAGUUUCGGUGAUGUUAUUCUUUCCAGUGAGGCUAAGAUUUGAAUUCAAACAGGCCCUACUUGCUCAAAAACAUCAUAGCUUAGUUACUUGAACCAGACCCCAUCAUAAACAUAAUUUAAUUAGUAAUUGACAGUAAAUUAUUGUUAUGCUCAGACAUUUUUUACUUUCUCUUAAAAAUUAGUACGCUGGACAUUUUCGUUUCUUGAUUUAGUAGAUGAAUGGAAAUGACAAACCGCAUUAAAGAUGACGAUUUACAGUUAUAUUUGACAUGCCACACGCCUUAUGUUGGAAAUGCAACAUUCAACCUGCUAUCUUAGAUUCCUCUAGCGGGAUUUCAUACGGCCAUCCGAGAGAACUGUCAAAGAACUGGCCAAGCUCGAAUGGCUGGUACUCUACUCGCAGGCAGACUAUUUGAUUGGCUCUUUCAAAUGGUGCAGAGAUCUGCUGCUGUAAUGCCAUGCUUCUUAUCUCAUUCAGUAGACAUCAAAGGACAUCCAUUUUGUCAAUCAAAGUGCAAUUAUGCUGUUUUCUUUAUAUCCUUACACAUAGACCAGAGCCACUUUAUCCUGGAGACUCAGAUGUGUUUGCGCUGUCCUGCCACCUCAGCAGCCAAACAGAUAUGGGAUCAGAGUCAAUAUUUAAGAAGCAAUACCUACUAUUGAAAUGUUACAUAUUAUGGCAUUGUUAAAACAUUCCCAGUGUAAUGUUUAUGGGGAGCUAAAAUAGUCGCAGUAGAAUGUUGUAGUGUCAUGCCAACGAAUCAUAAUGCAGAACUGGUAUGAACUUUUUAAGUACGUGAUUCUGUCAUGGAACAGUCUUGAACAACUGUCACCUGCCCCCUUGCAUUAAACCUAUAAGAGCCAUUAUUUAUAUGCUACAGCAAUCACCCCUUUUUUUCUUUUUUGUUUAUUUUUUUAUUACCAGUUUACUGCAGGAACAUGAAUUCUAGAUUAAUUAUUUUCAAAAAAUAUAUAUAUCUUAUGGUACGCCUCAGUGUGUGUGUCGAUGGACUGCCUUGUUUAUAAAGAUGUUGGUAAUCUUAUAUUAGUUGUGGUGAUUAUGCAGUCUGACAGUUUGCAAGUGCCAUCCCAUUGGUUGCUCAUGUAUUGAAGUUAUAGCUGGAUAAUUGUGUGUGCCUCGAAAAGGAUUACUUUCUGUGUUCGUAUAGCCUGAGUACUGCUCUGUUUUUUGCGAUACCUGUAAAAGAAACAGAUCUGUCAACAGGCUAGGCUUCUCUGUGAGUAGACACACUAUUAAGACAGUCAUCUGCUGGCAUUGUGAAUGAAUGCUUGUGUUGAAAAUGAACAGGCUGUUGGGGUAUUUACACAACAGUGUUUAUAUAUGUCUGACUCAUAGUUGAAUCAUAAUUUAAUCAUAGCUGAAUCAUAACAGUCCUAACUGAACUAUAACUGAGUCAAAACUUAAAUGGAACUGAGUAAUUUAAUUAUACGUUUAUUAAAUUCUGUUGCGCUCAAACUGAUAAACAUUAACAGUAACACCUCACCUUUCCCCUCAACAUGAACAUUUACAUUAAGAUCAUGUUAACAUUAGCAUAAAGAUCAUGAAAAGAGAGAUGUUCUUGACUCUAGAUACAAGUGCACAUUUCUGGAAUAAACUUAAAUGUUUCAACCACCCACUCCAAACUCAUGUAUUUUUCACCCUGUUCGUUUUAGUCUUAGAAACGAAAGAGGAGAAUUCUGUGACAAUGUCAUGCAUGAACUUAGGUAGUCUUUUGAUAAUCCAUGAUUUGUGUCAAUCACUGUCUUUUUUGGGAAAUAGUUACGAGCAAUUUGAUGGGGCACCCGAAAAAUGCAAUGCUUUAUUAUAAAUGAAAUGUGGAAAUGGAUGUGUUUGAAUCAUGAAUAUGAUGAGGUCAUAAUGAAUAGCAGGGUCUUGGGGUCAGUGGCUGUCAUUGGAGACCCAGUCGUGUCAAGUUGCCCCUAGACACCACUCUAGGAUCAGUGUUUGUGUUUCCCUCACUACUAGGUGGGUUAUAAUUGGGGAGUUGGGAAAGCUGAUCAUGGACCUGUAUUCUGUAUCAGUAGACGUUUUCCCCCAAGAAGAAGCUGUUGCCUAAUGGAUGUAUCGCUUCCUCUCUACUGCUUUUUCAACCAGUGUAGAAACAAAUCUGCUGUCCCUCCUGCUCAGCAAGACCACAGCCACGCCCCUCCAACAAAACCACUCCCCUUUCCACACUGCUAAGCGUCGCCCCAUCCUCCUCCUCUGCUUAGCAUAUAGAGUGGAACACAGUCAGUGUGUACCUUGAAGCCUACCGCAAUCCUUAUCAGAAUGUCAAGAAAUAAAUAUAUAUAUUAAACUCUACAUUUUUAUAACC